CCAAAAGGGGGAAAACUUGGUCAUUCCCAAAUUUAAUUUAGGGUUUUUCACUUUCAUUCAUAAAUCAAAAUAUUACAGAUCUGAUCUGUUGCUGUACAUCAACACUGUUCAGGUUCAAAACGAAUUGAGUGGUUGUUGUGGCUGAAUGGAGGAUGGGGAAGGGGAUCAAAAGACAAGGAGAGUGGUUUUCGUGACUGUAGGGACAACUUGUUUCGAUGCUCUUGUGAGAGCAGUGGAUUCUCAUAAUGUUAAACAAGACUUGUUUGCCAAAGGGUAUACCCACCUUAUCAUCCAAAUGGGUCGUGGAUCCUAUGUUCCUACCAAGUCUGAAGGAGAUGGUUCAUUGGCUGUAGACUACUUCACUUUUUCAUCCAGUAUUGCUGACCAUCUCAGAUCUGCUUCUCUUGUCAUUAGCCACGCAGGGUCAGGUAGCAUAUUUGAGACAUUGCGGCUCGGCAAACCUUUACUUGUAGUUGUAAAUGAAGAUUUGAUGGAUAACCAUCAAAGUGAGCUUGCAGAAGAACUUGCCAACAGAAAACAUUUGUAUUGUGCUAGUCCUCAAACAAUUCUUCAAACUAUUGCAGAUAUGGAUUUAAAUUCACUCCUCCCUUACUCUCCAGGUGAUGCUACACCAGUGGCCAAGCAUAUAAACAGAUUCCUGGGAUUUCCUGAUGAUUGAUUCAUAAAGGUUUUUUUUUGUCAAAUGUAGAGGGAUGAUAAGAUUUUUUUUGGGUUUAUGCUGUAUUGGGAUUAUCUAUAAGCAAAUAUAUGAUAUAAUAGUUUUGUUAGUA